UAUUUGCCCUUCAAUAAAAGACGUAAAAGAGAAGGUAAACGGUGAAUCGGUGACCUCCUGCGAGCAAAAGCUCUGCUUACAUAACAUCUUCACGGGGAGAUGUUCGCAAUGAGCGGUUCGAUUCCCAUCUUCACCGUGUAUGCAGAGUUUUGCUUGCAGGGAAUCCCGUCGCGCACCCGUGGAACUGUGGAAGACGGAAGACGCUCUUCGCAGGUGGUAACUGGAUUCUGGACCCGGGAAUAUCGUAUAACACGAGGUACCUCCCCAAUUUAUUAGAUCACGAGCGACUCCAUGAGAUUAUAAACUAUAACGCUCACGGUUCUCAGAGACUCAGAUAACCGGACUGCCAGAAACGAAGAGAUAUCAACCGGAGAUCCGACCAUCCUGAAGAUUCACGAAUACUGCAACUUUAAAACCUUAGGUUUUCUUUAUUUCAGGUCGUCUACUUACAACGGAAAUGGUGAAAUCCAUUUGUAACGAAUGGUUAUGAGCUGAGUUGAGCCUUAGCCUUGGGAGAGAUGUUGCGAUGGCUUUCUAGGCGUGGUAGCGAACCGUUGCCGGAAGGAAGAGAAAGAGAUACCACUGGUGCAGUUAUUAGGACACAUGAUCGAAAUGAUUAUGGUUUGCGGGUGCGUCGAGGAAGAAAAUAUGGUCGGGUCACUAGGCAGAGGCUUUCAUUUUGGACGUCCUUGGUAGCAUUGUUUUUUCUGAUGUAUUUAUCGGUCUUUGGCACAAACUUGCCAUUUCAUGGUAAAAUGGAGGGAAACACUUCAUCUACAAGGGAUGUACACCACAACACUUCAAGAUUGGAUGUUUUAGAAAAGCCAAAACAUCGGAAGAAAUAUUUUCCUUGUGAGGUUGGAUUUGUCAAGUCAGUUGAUAAUCUUGUGGAGCCCAAGGAUUUCAUGAAUUUCACAAAAUUUACCCUGACAUAUAUUGAUAGAGAGGAAAAAUAUCAUAGUCAUGAUGCCUUUGAAGCCAGAUUUGGAGGACACCAGACCCUUGAAGAAAGAGAGGAAUCCUUCUAUGCAAGAAAUCAAACACUUCACUGUGGCUUUGUCAAAGGACCAGAGGGAUCCCCAAGCACUGGGUUUGAUUUGUGUGAGAAUGACAAGGAGUACAUGUCUACCUGCCAUGUUGUUGUAUCAUCCUGCAUUUUCGGAAGUUCUGACUAUUUGAGGAGACCAACAAGCAAAAAGAUAAGUGAAUAUUCCAAGAACAAUGUCUGUUUCGUCAUGUUUCUGGAUGAACAGACCAUGGCAACAUUGUCCUCAGAGGGACAUGUUCCCAAUGAUAGAGGGUACAUUGGUUUAUGGAGAACAGUUGUUGUGCGGAAUCUACCAUACGUGGACAUGAGGAGAUCUGGAAAGGUGCCAAAAUUUUUAUCACACCGGCUCUUCCCAUCGGCUAGGUAUUCUAUUUGGCUUGACAGCAAAAUGCGACUUCACACUGAUCCAAUGCUAAUUAUUGAAUACUUUUUGUGGCGAAAGGGAUCAGAGUAUGCUAUUUCAAACCAUUACAGUCGCCACUCUGUCUGGGAGGAAGUACUCCAAAAUAAGCGCCUAAAUAAGUACAAUCACACAGCUAUUGAUGAACAGUUUGCGUUUUAUCAGUCUGAUGGUUUGAACAUCUUUGACCCAUCAGACCCAAAUACUCCUCUUCCAAGUUAUGUACCUGAAGGUUCCUUUAUUGUGCGGGCUCAUACGCCUAUGUCAAAUUUAUUUUCAUGCCUUUGGUUCAAUGAAGUUGACCGCUUCACCUCACGUGAUCAACUUAGCUUUGCAUAUACAUACUUGAAACUGAGGAGAAUGAAUCCAGAUAGGCCAUUUUCCCUCAAUAUGUUCGAGGAUUGUGAGCGCAGGGCACUAGUUAAGUUAUUCCAGCAUCGGACGACGCUAUCACCUCCACCUGCUGCACCUUGAUCACUACAGUUGUCUUGGCAUUUUGGCCUGUUUCGUUGAUGAAGCACUGAUCUCCCGCUUGGUGGGUCCACGGAACAACAGGAGCAAUGAGGACCAUCCACAACUCUCAUUUCAUGACAACAAAUAAGAAUGUCAGAGAUGAGAUGGUUUUGAUCAUUUGCUCAAGUUCCGGUGUUGAGGAUCAAAUUGUGGGAUGAUUGAAUGACGGCCUCUCCCCUGGAGUGCCUUAUGUGGCUCCACUCCAUACAGCAUUACAGCUAAGCUGUUUGGAACGUUCAGUUUGCUGUAAAAAUAUGUGCUUGAUUUCCCUCUAUCCUAGAAAAAAUCAGAGAAAAAAAGAAAGGAAGAAAAUUAUUAAAAAACAAAUUUUCUAAUCUUAAAAGGCCUGUUUAUUUUGUCAAGAAAGGUGGGUGCUUUUUAAAGACCAACAAUGGAAGAAAAUGGAAAAGAGAGUGUUGGUUUGAACUGAGUAUUAUUUCAUAAGACAUUUCAAGCUAGUUGUUGGAAUGACCGAAUGAGGGCCCAGGUGGAUGUUGGAUAAGAGUCCGGAUCUGCUGCAUCCUCAAUAAAAUUGGGACAGUUGUAGUUA